AUGGUGCGCGAAGACAGCACCCAUGAAGUGAUAGUCUCGCAAUGUAAUAAGGUAUUCAUUGUCUUAUUUUAUGAGGAAAUUCCCUAUUCGGGCAGCGCCUCUCUAGCUAGAUGGCGCAAUUCCCCUAUUCCGGCCAAAUCCGAGAUUUCUAACUUUAGGACAGUCGCUCUGGUCGCCCUUUUCCUUUUCCCGACCCUCGCAGAGGUAAGGAUUUCUGCGCAGAGCAUUGAUGGACGUUCAAUUGUCACGUCGGAAGCAGAAGAAGAUGAAGCUGUGGUUUCCUGCACGCUCGACAGCCUGUCGAUCGGGGGACAGCAAUUGAACGUUUUGGAUUCGAUUUCAUUUUAUCUACAUCGAAAUGGCGAGCCAGAAGCAUGCGGAGCUUCCGUUUUGUCAGAGUCUACGAUUGAAAAAGGUUUAUCGCAAAUGGAGUGCAAGAAGGAGGUUGACAAGUACCAAUUGGAAGCGUUGUUGACAGCAGUUUUUGCUGAAGAGCUCGCCGCGUCCGAUUGUGGAUCGAACGACAACAGUACUGCCCCGGAAGGCUUCCUGCACUACUGUGAUAUGGGUGUUGAUCGUACUAUUGUACAGAACGACUAUGAUCAUUUGGUCCGAAUACCAAGGAAAGGGAAUCUACCCUGUCGAUUCUUUUCCCGAGAAGGUGAUCGAAUUUCGUCGUUUGAGGACAUUUUGAGAAUGGCCGAAAAAGCCGAAACGCGGGAAUGUACUGAAGAAAACGAUGUAUGCACAGACAGGAUGGAUUUGCAUUUGUACGCCGCCCCGGCCGGUCGCGUGUUCAUGUUUGCGCCCUCAUACGUCGGAGAAAUAUUCCAAAUUUCUCAUGUCAAAGAUAGUCUUGGACAACCUAUCUCGCUUGAAGUACUGUCGCUGGACCCUCGCGUUUUUGAUAUUUAUAAUUUUUUUUCUGCUGAUGAAGCACACAGUUUGAUUGAUAAAGCAGUUAAAGAGACUUCACCCACGUACAGACUGCAUCGCAGUACCACCGGCAGCGCUACGGCCAGCAUCUUCAACAAACGCACCUCGGAAAAUGCGUGGGAUACUCACGGAACCCUGGCACAGACGAUCAAGCGUCGAUGUCUCUCAGUUCUUGGUAUUGACGAAUACCAGGAGUCGUUGACUGAUGGGCUUCAAAUCUUGCGCUACAACCAAUCAAAUGCUUAUACCGCCCAUAUGGAUUACUUAGAGGACAAAGACGGAUCUCAGGUGUAUGACUAUGAAAGCGUUGGAAAAGGUGGAAAUCGGUUUGCAACGAUUCUGCUUUACAUGAGCGAUCUUGGCGAACAUGAUGGAGGCGAAACGGCUUUUGUUAAAGCGGAUUCACCAGGCAAGGAGCAUGUUCCUCUCCAUCGCGCCAUCCAACAACUACGUGAUUCAGGCGAUGCAAGUACAUUGACUCCUGAUUCAUGGGAAGAAAUAAUGGCUGCACAGUGCCGAGCACGCCUUUCGGUCCGACCCAAGCUAGCUCGGGCUGUCCUAUUCUAUUCGCAACAUCCCAACGGAGCCGAAGACAAAAUGUCGUUUCAUUCCGGUUGUCCAGUUCUCGGAGCGACCACGAAAUGGGCGGCAAAUUUGUGGGUCUGGAAUGCACCAAGGCCUGAAUUUGAAGGAGCGCCUUUGAAAAAAGAUCUCAGCAAUGUGACAAAAGCCGAAUCGGCUGCAUCACAGCAGCUUCGGGCUGUUUUUAGAAAUAGUGGAAAGGAUCGUCGUUUCGAAAAGGCAGAACUUUAUUUUGACGAAGAUGGAUUCUUUGGCAAGUUGGGACCAAAAGAUCCUCCUAUUAGCUUGACGGUGAAAUUUUAGUCUCUUUUUACAUCGAUGAUCAACCUGUGCAGGAAUUCACUGUCUGAAAAGUUCGAUCUUAUUUUAGGUACGACCAAAUCACAUGCUCUGUCAACUGGCGUGACCAUUCGUAGAGUAAAAGGUUGUACUUUAGACUUGAUCGCCGUUGUAGAAG